GUUUGACUGUUUGUCUCUGCUGUGUUUGAUUGAAAAUUGAAAUCCGAAAUAUAGAUUACUUCUUCAGUUAAGUAAAAAACUACUAAAAUAAAGUUUAACUAAGAAAUUAGUUUUUUUAUUUAAAAUAAAAAUUAUUAAUAAUUUACUAUGAAUCUAAACAUUUCAAAUCUUGGUAAAUUUAUAUGGAAGUCACAAACCGUACCGGGCUUUGGGUUUCAACAAGUGAGAAAUAAAUGGGCCAACUGGUUAAUGAUUAGGGAUGUGAAAAGGCGAAGGAUGAGCGCUGAACAUUUUCUGGAAAGGACCAGAAUAAAUGCAUUGAGAAAAAACAAUGUACUGCCACCAGAAAUCAGAGAAUUAGCAGAUAAGGAAAUCAACAAAUUUGAAUUAAACGCUACACCAAUGAGGAUCAAUAAUAGAUGUGUUAUAACCUCAAGGCCCCGCGGUAUUGUCAAGGAAUGGAGAAUGAGCCGUAUUGUGUGGAGGCAUCUGGCUGAUUACAACAAGCUCUCUGGAGUACAAAGAGCUAUGUGGGGUUAGGUGUAAUCUAGUUUUAUUUAUAAAUGAUAGAAGGUACAAAAUAUUAUGAUGUUAGAUGAAUAAACUGUAUAGAAAUAAUAA